AUGAAAGGAUUACUGAUAAAUUUUGAACGCGCAGUUGAUUGUGGCUGUGGCAUAGGACGUGUCACAAAACAUCUUUUGCUACCACUAUUUCAAUCGGUCGAUAUGGUAGAUGUUACUGAAAAUUUUAUUCAAGAAUCUGCCAAAUAUAUUGGAAAAGAAAGUGAUCACAUUGGUCGUAAAUUAGUAUGCAGUUUGCAGCAAUUUGAACCACCAUCAUUUAAUUAUGAUCUCAUUUGGAUUCAGUGGGUAACUGGUCAUUUAACUGAUGAUGACCUUUGUAAAUUCUUCCGGCGGUGCAAAAAAGGUUUAAAAGCAAAUGGAUGUAUCGUUUUAAAGGAAAAUGUGUCAUUAUCAGUCGACUAUUGUGAUUUCGAUGAAAAAGAUAACAGUUGGACACGACCCAAGACUGCAUUGUUGGAGUUAUUUCAGAAGUCUGGUCUUACACUCGUUGCGGGAAAACGGCAACGAAAAUUUCCCAAAGGAAUGCUCCCUGUAUAUAUGUUUGCGUUACGAUGA